UCAACCUACUAUUACUUCAAUGUUGCCUGAAUCUGCAUCAAAGUCAUUCUCAGAUGCAAUAUGUUUCUUAGCAGAGCACAAUCUACCAUUUAAAUUAGCGGAUGAUCUAAAGAAUCAUAUACGAUCAGUUGUCCAAGAUUCAAAGAUUGCAUCAGAAUUAACUUUUGGAAGAACAAAGGCACACGCUAUUGUUACAAAUGUUAGUGGUAAAGUAGCAGAAAACCAAUUAAUUGAAGUAUUACAAAAAAAUAAGUUUUCACUGAUAGUUGAUGAGAGCACAGACAGAUCAUCAACUAAACAUUUGGCUCUUAUUGUUAGAAAUGCAGUUGAUUUUCAUGUUGAAGAUAGUUUCUUAUGUCUAAUACCAGUUGUUGAUGGUACAGCUACAUCCUUACAUAGUGCAUGUGCAAAAUAUUUUACAGAGAAGAAUAUUCCAUAUAAGGAAAAUAUCGUUGGAUUUGCAGCUGACGGAACUAAUUCCAUGUUUGGACAACAUCAUUCUCUGUCUACAUUAUUUGCAAAAGAUAUUCCGAAUCUGUUUCUAAUGAAAAGUAUAUGUCAAUCUUUUCACCUUUGUGCCUCAUAUGCUUGCAAAAAGUUACCACGAGGUGUGGAGGAGGACUUUGCUCGUGACGUUUACUACUAUAUACAGAAUAGUCCAAAACGCAUUGGAGACUACAAAGAGUUUCAAUGUUUUGUAAAUGUUAAACCAAACAAACUUUUACACCCUGCCCAAACAAGGUGGCUGUCCUUGUUACAAGUUGUGAAAAGGCUUUUAGAACAACUACCAGCAUUGAAACUAUAUUUUCAAAGUGCUGUAUUAACUGACAGAUUGCUUGCAGCUCAGUCAAUCCUUCAUAAAUGUAUGGAACCAACCACAGAACUAUACUUAGAGUUUUUACAUUUUGUUUUGCCAUACUUCAAUGAUUUAAAUAAAGAAAUGCAAUCUGAAAGUCCAAAACUCUACUUACUGUAUGAU